AUGUCAAACGAUCAGGUACAGAGCAAAAACUACAGGGAGAAAAUUGAAGAAGAAAAAGAAGAAGGAAAGAGAAUGACCAGCGACACCGGAAAUGGGAAGGUGGUUUGCCUCAUUGCUUCAUGGCUCGUCAAGCUUCUUCUUCAUCUUGGUUACACUGUUAAGGCCACUGUUCGGGAUCCUAAUUUGGUGCGUGACCCUGAAGGAGCAAAGGAGAGACUGAAACUGUUUAAAGCAGAUCUUUUAGAAGGAGGUUCCUUUGACCUUGCUGUGGAGGGUUGUGAGGGUGUAUUUCACGCUGCCUCUCCCUGCAUCUUAAAUCCCAAGGACCCACAGCUUGAACUCAUUGACCCAACUACCAAUGGAACUCUUAAUCUUCUAAAGUCAUGUGCAAAAUUACCAUCUCUGAAACGAGUUGUCUUAACAUCUUCCAUGGCUGCAAUGCUAUGUAAUGGACAACCUACAACUCCUGAAGUCGUAGUUGAUGAGGCAUGGUUUUCAAAGCCAGAAUUUUGCAGGGAGUUUAAGCAAUGGUAUGCACUUUCCAAGACAUUGGCUGAAGAUGCUGCCCGGAAAUUUGUAAAAGAAAACAACAUUGACAUGGUUGUCAUCCACCCUGGAUUCGUACUAGGAUCACUCUUGCAACCAUCACUUAACGAAUCUUCUGCUCUGAUUUUAGGGUUAUUAACUGGUGCACAUACAUCUCCAAAUUUAGCUGUAGGAUGGACUAAUGUCAAAGAUGUUGCAAAUGCUCAUAUUCAAGCGUUUGAGAUUUCUUCAGCUAAUGGAAGAUAUUGUUUGGCUGGACUGUGGCUCACUUCUGAGACAUUGUAA